UAGGACGCUGAUUUCAGCUCUCAGCAUCCACCAUGAAUAUCAAGGUAGUCCUCGUGGUUCUGAUUCUGUCCCUCAUUACCAUCUUUACCCUGGCCUAUGUUCUGCUGACCAGCCGAGGUGGCUCCAGCCAGCCUCCCCGAUGCCCUUCCAUAGCCCCUAGUGCCCAGCCCUGGACACAACCUGGUCAAAGCCAGCUGUUUGCAGACCUGAGCCAAGAAGAACUGACGGCUGUGAUGAGCUUUCUGACCCAGCAGCUGGGACCUGGGCUGGUGGAUGCAGCCCAGGCCCGGCCCUCGGACAACUGUGUCUUCUCAGUGGAGCUUCAGUUGCCUCCCAAGGCAGCAGCCCUGGCCCACUUGGACAGGGGGAGCCCCCCACCUGCCCGGGAGGCCUUGGCCAUUAUUUUGUUUGGUGGACAAGCCCAGCCCAAUGUGAGUGAGCUGGUGGUUGGGCCAUUGCCCCGCCCAUCCUAUAUGCGGGAUGUGACUGUGAAGCGGCAUGGUGGCCCAUUGCCCUAUCACCGAAGACCCAUGCUGGCAACUGAGAAUGCUCAGAUGUGGAGACAUUUGAAAGAGGUGGAGUUUCGCAAGGCACCCAUCUUCCUGUCUUCAGUCUUCAACUACAAUGGCUCCACUUUGGCACCCUUACACGCCACCCCUCGUGGCUUACGCUCAGGGGACCGAGCUACCUGGAUAGGCCUCUACCAUAACAUCUCAGGUGUUGGUGUCUUCCUUCACCCAGUGGGGCUGGAGCUGCUGUUGGACCAUAGGUCUCUGGACCCUGCCCACUGGGCUGUCCAGCAGGUCUUCUACCUUGGACAGUACUAUACAGACUUGGGCCAGUUGGAAUGGGAGUUUAAGGCUGGCCGACUGGCAGUCGUCAAAGUUCCUCUACCCUCACCAGAUGGUGCUUCAUCUCUUAGGGCCCGGGUCUCCCCAGGGCCUCUGCCACCACUUCAGUUCUCUGCUCAGGGCUCCCAAUACAGUGUACAAGGGAACCUGGUGCUGUCGCCCCUCUGGUCAUUUGCAUUUGGCCAUGGGGUGUUCAGUGGUAUGAGGAUGUUUGAUAUUCGGUUUAAGGGCGAGCGAGUGGCUUAUGAAGUCAGUGUCCAAGAAUGUCUGUCUAUCUACGGUGGUGAGUCACCCAAGACAAUGAUGACCCGAUACCUGGAUAGCAGCUAUGGACUUGGCAGUCACAGCAAGGGCUUGGUACGGGGAGUGGACUGCCCCUAUCAAGCCACAAUGGUGGACAUCCACAUUUUGGUAGGCAGAGGGACAACCCAGCUGCUCCCAGGUGCUGUGUGUGUAUUUGAGGAGGUCCGGGGACUGCCCUUUCGAAGACAUCACAAUCGGAUUGAGAGUCAUUUCUAUGGCGGGUUGGCCAGCUCAGCCCUUGUGGUCAGGUCUGUGUCAUCUGUGGGCAACUAUGACUACAUUUGGGACUUUGUGUUGCACCCAAAUGGGGCAAUCGAAGGGCGGGUCCAUGCCACAGGCUAUAUCAACUCGGCUUUCCUGAGGGGGGGAGAGGAGAACCUUCGCUUUGGGAACCGUGUUGGGGAACAAGUGCUGGGGACAGUGCACACCCAUGCCUUCCACUUCAAGCUGGACCUGGAUGUAGCAGGACUGAAAAACUGGGUUGUGGCUGAAGACGUGGUGUUUAAACCCGUGGCAGCCCCCUGGAGCCCAGAGCAGCAGCUGUAUCGCCCACAGUUGACUCGGCAGGUCCUGGAGAGGGAGGAUCUGACAGCAUUCUCCUUGGGAAGCCUCCUUCCCCGUUACCUUUACCUGGCAAGCAAUGAGACUAAUGCUUGGGGUCACCAGCGUGGGUACCGAAUCCAGAGCCACAGUCCCCUUGGCAUACACAUGCCCCUGGAAAGCAACAUGGAGAGGGCCCUCAGCUGGGGGAGAUACCAGCUAGCAGUGACCCGCAGGAAGGAAGAAGAGUCACAGAGCAGCAGCAUCUAUUACCAGAAUGACAUCUGGACACCCACUGUGGCCUUUGCUGACUUCAUCAACAAUGAAACCCUCUUAGGAGAGGACCUGGUGGCCUGGGUUACAGCCAGCUUCCUGCAUAUCCCCCAUGCUGAGGAUAUCCCCAACACAGUGACUGUGGGGAACAGUGUUGGCUUCUUGCUCCGACCCUAUAACUUCUUUGAUGAGGACCCCUCCAUCUUCUCCCCUGGCAGCAUCUACUUUGAGAAGGGCCAGGAUGCUGAGCAUUGCAGUGUCAAUCCCAUGGCCUGCAUCCCCCACCUGGCGGCCUGUACCCCAGACCUGCCCCCGUUCUCUUACUCAGACUUCUAA